AUGGCCUUCGUUUCUCCAAUUCCAGUGAGAUGGUCAAGCCACACCAGCUUCUCUGCGUCAAAAGCGAUCGUGCUCCGACAUCAUGUUUCGCAUUAUAGCCGACGCCGCGCAUCCAUGGAAGCUCAACAAUCAUCCCCGACCUCCCCAUCUCAGCCUGUGCAGUCUCAGAAACUAGGCCCCAAAGCAAGCACCGCGCCCAAAUCUCAGCCCUCCUCUCGCCCUCCUUUCGCAUGGCUUGACAACUGGUACCCAAUGGCAUGGGCAGAAGACGUCCCACAUUCAAAGCCCAUCCCCGUCACCAUCUGGAAUCGCCACUACGUCCUGUUUCGCGAUACGGUGACAGGUAAUUACGUCGUCAUGGACGAUGUCUGUCCUCACCGUGCCGCCCCAUUGUCAGAGGGUCGACUCUAUGAACGAUCACGUCCCGACGGCAGCAUGGAGACGAUUCUGGAAUGCGGCUACCACGGCUGGCGCUUUGAUUGCACUGGUCGCUGCGUUGACAUUCCAGUAGUGGACUUGCAGAAACGCAUCCCAGCAGCGGCAGACGUCGGCGGUUUGUAUGCGACACAUGUUUCCAUCGCCGGUCUCAUCUUCGUGUGGUUGGGUGACCGUGCUGAAGCAGAUGUUAGCAAAAUCCCAGUGCCGAAGAACCUUUUGGAUCUUGGUGAUCGCGUCACGACUUUCCGGAACUCAUACCGUGUCUUUCCCUUUAACUUUGGCACACUCCUUGAAAACCUCGCAGACCCCGCACAUGUACAGUGGUCUCAUCAUGGAACUGGUCAGGGUAAUAGAAACACCGUGCCACGUAUUGGAAAUCUAGAAAUCCUUGAGAAAGACGACGCCCGCGGCUUUUUCAGAGCCGGAAUUCGCAUCGGUGAUUCACCGUCACAUCGACUCAGUGUUACGUUUGAAGCCCCGACCAGUGUUGCUUAUCGGCUUAAUUCACCUGUUGGCAAAGCCGCACCUUAUUCCCUGUUGACGUAUGCUGUCCCCAUCGACUACAACCGUUCCGCUUUGUUCGCUGUCAAUUGUAACAUCGACAUGCCGCGUAUUCAGAAGCUCGUGAAGCGAAUUACUCCACGCUGGUAUGAACAUACGAUCUCAAACUUGAUCCUUGACGGGGAUUCACCCCUGUUGCAAUGGCAAGAGGCGCAUACGCAGAAUUGCAUUCGCGAUGGGUACGGCAGCGCGUGGAAGAAGGAGUAUACGCUUGCAUCGGGCACCUGGGAUUCCCUGGUAGUAGAAUUUCGGCGGUGGCUUGACCACAACUGCCACAGUAUCCCGCACCGGAAACAAAUUUCAUCCGAGGCGCCAAUUGUUCGACAAUCGAGAGAGGAAAUCAACGACAGAUAUGCUUACCACACGAAGCAUUGUGAAUCAUGUCGGCCGGCGUUGCAGAAUCUUCGAACAGGCCGAGUAGCAGCGUUCGUUGGAGCAGGUAUUGGGUUCGCCACAUUCUUGUGUUCCGCGCUCCUAUUUGCCGCGCUAGGUUUAACUGGUAUCAAAUUUCUCCCACUUCCACUACAGUUAGCGGCCAUGGCAGGAAUCGUAGGGUGCGCUGCAUUUCUGGCAGUAGCCACAGUCCUGGGACACUUCAUCAAGCUGCUCACGUACACCGAGAUUUCAUAUGAUGUCGCCCAUGCAGAAUGACGGAGUUUCUCCAACUACAGUACUGUGCUCCCAGAGAGCGUACAGCCAGACAACAGCAACCGUAAGUUUUUGAGCUUCGCUCAGAUCACAUAAGUAUCGUAAGGCACAGAGUUAGUUGCAAAUGAUUUCCAUCAAUCGAUCCAAUGACUGGUUUCGAGCGGGGUAGUGAUAAGUGCUGCGGCUUUAUUUCCAUGUGCAACUCCCAACCCACGGACUAGAAGUCUGACAUUUCGAGUAUUCGUGCUAUUCACUGAUACAUGUUGAUCGAGUUGCAGCUCCCAACGUUUGCAAAAAAGGCCUGCCAUUCAUGAAAGAGCUCGCCUCCAGUGGCCAAUGAGGAUCGCAUCAUAGUAUGUUCACCAAAAUCGAUGGCGUCUCGACUAGUCCGCCAUCAGUGCAUCAUUUAGAACAAAGAUAUAUAUUCCAAAUCGAAUGCAUCAUUUAGAACAAAGAUAUAUA